CAAUUUAAAUUACGUUACCGUAUAUAGGAAUAAAGAAUUGUAUGUAUUUCGCAAUUUGUUUCUCGCUGUUUAAAUAUGAUUGGAGAACACGUAUAACGAUUUCCAAUUUCUGCCAAUCAUCAUUCCUGAUCUCAUGUGUAUCGCAGAAUUUUGACUGAAUAGUGAAAAUAACUGUUCCGAUACCGUCUACGAACAAUGGUUUGAUGCUGCAAGGGAAAAUAUAUAAACACUACUUAUAUAAAUGGUUGAAUGUUCGUUACAAGUCAGCGUGAGGCUUAAGACGUCAAUGGCUUGUGUUCGUUGUGCAUGUCGCUUCUAACGAAAAUUUGAAAAUUAACAGAGUGAGGUCCCUUGGUCUGUGUACUUUCUCAAGUUUGACGUUAAACGGCACGAUGGCUGGAAGUCGGGACGAAAUCUUGGCUAAUUUUCAGGCAUGUACAGGAAUUGAUGAUGUUGGUGACGCCUUUAAAUAUUUAGAAGAUUCAAAUUGGGAUUUGCUGACAGCAGUAAAUCAAGCUAUGAUUCGAAAUACACAACAACAGCCUUCUGAAAUAAGUCCAGAUGUCGAAAUUAUAGAAGAAUUUGAAAGGAUACCCCAACCAUAUUCAUUAGCAUCUGAAGCAAUUUGCGAUUCCAAGACUAAUACCAAAAUGGAAGUAACAGAAAAUUCAGAGCCAGGAACAAGUAAACCCAAAAACUGUGCGAAAGAGAGAAUCCUUACAUUCCACAUUAAUCAUCGUAAUAAUGAGCAUAAGAUAGAAAUAUCUGAGUUUUCAUUAUUGGUGGAUCUUAAGCAACUUAUAUGGGAACAAACAAAUGUUCCACUUUGCCAGCAACGUCUUUUUGGAUGGAAAAAAGAACCAAAAUCAGAUUAUAGAUCAUUGCAGUCGUUAGAUUUACCUAAAGAAAACAGAUUGUACAUGUCUCCUGUAUCAGAAGAUAUUGAUUUAACAAAUGACAUUAUGAAUGCAUCAAAUCGAAUGACUGAAACUUACACUUUGAAUAUUAAGGAUGACAUAAAUAAAAAAACGUAUAAUUUAAAAUUUCCUGGAACAAGUACAAUUUUGGAUGUAAAAUCUGGUUUUUAUGCAUUGACGACUGUGCCAGUUAGAAAUCAGCAAUGGAAAGGUUGGCCAAGUUCAGUAAAAAAUGAUAAUGUUAUGUUAGCUCAAAGUGGUAUUUCUUACCCAGAACAUGAUUUAUCUGUUAGUGAACUCCCUAUGAAAGAAGAGAAAAAGGAUGUUAUAGAUCUCGUUGAGAGCGAUAGUACUGUGGAUGAAGAUGAUAUAGAAGAAGACGAUAUAGAUGACGAAAUUUUCGUGGACAAUGUUAGAUCUACAAAAACUCAACGUUUCAUGCCAGAUGAUGUAACUGAUGAGAUAACAGGUACUAUGCAUUUUGCGGAAGGAUUUGAAAAACGAUACGGUCCAGUACAUCCGGAAUUUUUUACUGGUACAUUUGAGGAUGCUGUUAAGGAGUCGUGUUUAAAACCAGCGAAAGAGAGAAAAUUAUUAGCUGUAUAUUUACAUCAUGAUAAUAGUGUAUUAGCAAAUGUAUUUUGCACUCAGUUAUUAAAUUGUGAAUUGGUACUCCAAGUUCUAUCUGCAAAUUUCAUAGUAUGGGGUUGGGAUAUCACGUUUGAAUCUAAUAGGCAAAGAUUUCUUUCUUCUGUAAAGCAAACUUUAGGAUCAUCUGCAAUGUUAGCUAUACACGACAUAAAUUUCGAUACCUUACCUGCUCUUGUAAUCAUAAUGAGAACUAGAUCCAAUACAGAAAUGUUUACAGUAAUACAUGCCAAUGUUGGAGUGAAUGAGUUGUUAACGAACUUAAUUCAUGCCGUUGAAGUAUUUCAGGAACAGAGACGAAACGAUAUUACCGUUGAGGAAGAAAGACAAGCUAGAGAGAGAGUAAAACAAGAACAGGAUAGAGCAUAUCAAGAAAGUUUAGCAGCAGAUAGAGCAAAAGAAGAAGCGAAACAAAUGAUGGAGGAGCUGGAAAAGCAACGAAAAGAACAGGCUGAAAAUGAAAGAUUGGCUGAAGAAGCAAGGAAAGAAGCUCAUAGGCAGGCGGUGGAAUCGAGCUUACCUCCUGAACCGCAGCAAGGAACUAGUGAUGGUGUGUUGAAAGUACGAGUACGACUUCCAGCUGGAAAGUUUCUGGAACGUAGAUUUCAAUCCGAUACACCACUGCAAACACUCCUUAAUUUCCUUAUUGUGGAAGGUUAUCCAACAGAAGAAUACAAAGUUCUAUGUAGUUGGCCUCGAAGGGAUUUAACUUCCAUGGAUUCGAAACUCACUCUUACAGAUCUAAAAUUCUGUCCUCAAGAAACAGUAAUUUUAGAAGAACGAUAAGUAACUCAUUGUAAUUAAAUUGAAAAUGUAGGACUUAAGCAUUGCAAUAUUCUGA